GGAUGGGGGAAAGCAGAGGAUGAGGGAGGAGGAGAGGAGGAGGAGGAGGAGGAGAGGAGGAGGGAGGGAUGAGAGCCGAUGAGGGAGGAGCAGAGACUCAGUGUGUGUUCUCCCUCUGGAGGAGGAAUCAGCAGCUGCAGGACAAUGGAGCGUCUCCACCUCGGAUCCUAACGGACACCGGACAGUUUCCAACCCGCGACACAAGGAGGCGACCCUCAAGCAGCUCCAGGAUGCUGUCCUCCCCGUCCCGCUCAUCAGGAGGCGUCUGAUCAACCAAACAUGAUGAAGACUGAGCGCCCGUCGGCCACGGGGGGCAACGGGGCGUCCGGGGGGAGCAGCGGGGGAAGCGGGAGCUCGAACCUGCGGAGUCCCUCACCCCAUCGCAACGCCUACGAGGCGGGGCUGGCGGCUCUGAAGAAGGCCACCGACCACCUCAACAACGCCGCCAACGGGGGGGGCUCUGACCCGGCCUCAAAGCCCGCCCCCUUGCCUCGCCCGACCGGGAGAGGCCGGAGAUAUGGAUCCAACGUCCACCGCAUCAAGAACAUGUUCAUGCAGAUGCAGUCGCCUGGAGACGAGGAGGAAGGAGCCAAGCUGAUCGGUGCAGACCAGGCGGUGAAGCUGUCGCUGCCACGCGCCUCCAGCCUCAACGAGAACGUGGACCACAGCGCCCUGCUCAAACUCGGAGGCACGGUCUCGGAGAAGGUCAACCGGUUUGACCACAAACCAGGUGGGGAGGGCGAGAGCUCCUCCGUGGGCUUCACCAAACUGCAGGAGACCCGGAGGAUCUUCGAGCAGCGGACUCUACAGGAGAAGCAAGCGGCCACCAACCGGAUCCUGCUGAAGAAGGAGCGGGCCUCGGGCUUCCAGGGCAGCCGUCUCGAUGUGGUGGCCCGCUUCAACGGCUCCACUGAGGCUCUGGACCGACUUGACGACCCCCCACCCUCCGCUCCAGCUCCACCUCCACCUCCACCUCCCACUCCACCUCCUGCUCCUGCUCCCGCUCCACCUCCAUCUAGUAUCCCUGCUGCUGCAGCCUCGGUCGGGCCCGGUGACGCCGUCAGCCCCACCGUAAGCCAGCUCAGUGCCGUGUUCGAGAAGGUCGAGCCGCCAAGCGACCCCACUCCCCCCCAGCGUCGGUCAGCUCCUGCCCUGGCCCCGAAGCCCAAACCUCCAGCAAGAGGAGAGGCUGUCGGCAGGAAGGUAAAGUCGUUGCCUCCUGGUAAGGAGGCCCCCGAGGAGAGGGCAGGAGACGCAGAGCGAUCGGAAGGAGUGGUGACCAGCGAGGAGAAGGAUGGGUCCAGACAGUCAGGAGACCAGCUCUCCUCCAUCUCCUCCUCAGCGGCUGUCGCAUCCUCCUCUUCCUCCUCAGAGGCCCAACCAGGCGUGGAGGCGCAGCCAGCAGGGACUGAAGCCAGGGGCUCCAGUACGGCGGCUCCAGACCGGGAGCCACCAGCUGAGGAUCUGGACGGGCCCAGCGAGGGGUCCGAGGCCGGAGCCAGGCUGGUGCAGGCCGAGGUUCACGCCUCGCUGGAAAAUGGAGAAAAAGAGCCUCCAGGUUCUUCUCCCUCCUCGAAGGAGCAAGGAGCGAACUUUGAGAGGGGGGGUGAGGAGGAGGAGGAGGAGGAGGAGGAGGAGGAGGAGAACGACGAUGAUGGCUCGAGGAAGGAGGACUACUCGGAGGGGGAUCUGGUGGAUAUCAGUGCGUACAGCGGACUUGGGGAGGAGGACUCUGGGGGGAGCCAACUGGACGAUGAGGACGAGGAAGACGAGGAGCCGUAUCAGCCCGAGUCCAGUUGUUCUGAGAUUGCAGGCCUCCCCGAGGAAGAGGAGCCGCCUCCAUCCAAUAGGAAGAUUCAAUUUAGCGUUCAGCCAAUCAAGGUCUUCACCACCUACUCCAACGAGGACUACGACCGACGUAACGAUGACGUGGAUCCAAUGGCCGCCUCGGCCGAGUACGAGCUGGAGAAGAGAGUGGAGAAGCUGGAUCUAUUUCCCGUUGAGCUGGAGAAAGACAGCGACGGCCUGGGCAUCAGUAUCAUAGGAAUGGGAGCAGGAGCCGACAUGGGGCUGGAGAAACUGGGGAUCUUCGUCAAGACGGUGACAGAGGGCGGAGCCGCACAGAGGGACAACAGGAUCUUGGUGAACGAUCUGAUCGUGGAGGUCGAUGGAACCAGCCUGGUCGGAGUCACUCAGACCUUCGCUGCCUCCGUCCUCCGCAACACCACCGGCACCGUCAGGUUUGUGAUUGGCCGGGAGAAGCCGGGCGAGCAGAGCGAGGUGGCCCAGCUGAUCCAGCAGACUCUGGAGCAGGAGAGGUGGCAGAGGGACAUGAUGGAGCAGAGAUACAAACAGUACAUGGACGAGGAUGAAGAGACGGGUGAAUACGCCACAGACGAGGAGGAGGAGAUGAGUCCAGUGUUUCCAAACUCCAUCGAGGUUUUCGACCUGGCGGAGAACCAGGACAUGAUGUCUCCUGAGGACAUGGACCCCGAGAAGCUGGCCCACAAAUUCAAGGAGCUCCAGAUUAAACAUGCAGUAACGCAGGCGGAGCUCCAGCUGCUGAAGAGGAAGCUGGCUCACGCGGAGCAGGACAAGUUGCGUUGGCGGAUGGAGCGAGCUCAGCUGGAGCAGAACAUCCGGGACAGCAAAGAGAGGAUGGAGAAGCUGGAGGGCUACUGGAUGGAGGCUCAGUCCCUGUGCAAGGCAGUGGAUGAACACCUAAAGGAAACCCAGUCUCAGUACCAAACCCUAGAGAGGAAGUACAGCAAAGCCAAGAGGCUGAUCAAAGAGUACCAGCAGAAGGAGAUUGAGCACCUGAAGAAGGAGACAGCUCAGCGUCGGGCAGAAGAAGAGAGCGAUGCGACGCACAAAGAAGAGACGGACAACCUGCAGGACAAGAUUUCAGACUUGGAGACCAAAGUGGACGCUCUGAAGACGCCGCCCAAAACCUCCUAAGCUGCUGCUGCUCGCUGCCUCCUUCCUGUGAGGAAGAGGAGGGUUCUGCCUUCAUCACGACCAGGACUGUAUUUCAUUCCAAUCAACCAUUUACUGCACAGACAGGGAACGACGGGGGGGGGAUUAAAUGAUGACAACUGUAAGAGAGGAAGAGGAGGGCGACGCACGAAGAGGAAAGAGCUUCUCAUCUGUCAGUAACCAAAUCCCUGAACGCACCAAUCGGUAUUACCCACAAUCCUCCUUGUGUGUCCACCUGGCGACCGGCUUGACCAUCAACACAGAAAACCACAUUCAGCAGCUUGUACUUAACUUGUGGAUGAUUUGCUUUUCUUUCACGUCCUCUCAUCUCAACGGACUCCAGCUCAAUUUAUUUUAAAAAAGCGCUUUUAAUAACCAGGCUUGUCACAAAGUGCUUUACACAGCGGGCGAGCACGUGAGUCAGAAGAAGAGGACGGAAGAGGUCGAAGGUCGCGUGGUGGUCGUCGUGCUGCUUGGGAACCGGACUGAAGAUUCUCCUGAAGAUUCUCCUGAAGAUUCUCCUGAAGAUUCUCCUGAAGAGGACACGAGUGUUGUUUCAUAACUGCGAGGACAAGUGACCCCCUCAUUUUUAAAAACUCUCAUCCUGGGGCGGAGCCUCUGUGGUCGGGAUGACCCACGAUGAAAACUCUUUAAAGGAAAAAGCCACCACCGAGGAACUGAGGAGCAGAACAACCGAUGUGUUUCUGAUCGGUGACCAACUGGGAAGCGACAGAACUUAGUUUUUCUAUUUCUCUGGGAGCGAUGGAAGGAAGCAGGCAGGACUGUGAACUGGUGGCGUUCUGUUUGUACAUAUUCUAUACGUGUAUUUAAAAGUGUUUAAACGGCUAAAGCAAUUGAUCGGGUGUGAGGUGGAGCUGUGAGCGAAUGGGCACGUUGCAGAAGGUUCAGUGCGUUUCAUCUCUUUCCAUCCACACGAGGGCCGACAGGGUGUGAAAAGUCUCAUAUGUGCUUCUAGAGCUUCUGUAUAUUAGUUGGUGUUUCUCUGUGGGUUUACAUGCACUCCAGCGUCCUGAGCUCCACCAUCGCCCUGCACCACAUUCCUGAGAUGUCGCAGGAAAACAUCGAUUUCUCUUGAAAGAGCAGAAUCCGUUGGGUCUGUUGUUCUGAGGCCACGUCCCGAGCUCAGGUUCCAGGGUCGAUGGAGAACAUCCACUGAACUCCCACAGUCAGAGAACUCCUCCGAGUCAACUGUUCAAACGUUUACCGAGGCAGAACAACUCUCAUUGGUUGAGGUAAACGUAAGUGGGCGGGGCCAAAUGUUCCUAACCAAUAGUGUUUCUGAGUCAGAUAUUGAUCAUCAGACUUCUGAUAACAAUAUAAUUAACAGUAUUCUCUUUUUCACUUUAAUAUGCUGCAGGAAACAAAAUGAAAUGUCAUUAUGAUAGAUCUUGUCAGUGUUGUCUUCAUGACCUCAAACAUUAGUGUUUCUGUUUCCUUUUACUAAUAUUACGGAAAUGAAUUAAUACGCAUAUUAACUCAUAAUAGCAACCAGGUAUUUGUGGACAUUGGACGCUUGAAUUAUUUUGAACCUUAAAAUAAACAAAUCAAGUGAAAUCAA